AUGGGAAUGUGGGAGGAAGCGAGUGACCCAGUGAUGGGGAAGAAGGAUAAAAAUGAGGAGCGGAAGGAGAGAAUCCUGAAUCUCACACUGGAGAUUAUCUAUCUGCUGACUGGAGAGGGCUACGUCAUCCCUAAGAAGAAGAGCCCAACUGUGGGUUUGGGGGCCCUGCAUGCCCCUGGCUCCGUCAUACAGAAGGAAAAUGACAAGAAGAUCCUGGAACUCAUCUCCAACAUCAUCCAGCUGCUGACUGGAGAGGUUGCCAUAAGGUGUGAGGAUGUUUCCAUCUAUUUUUCCUUGGAGGAGUGGGAGUAUAUAAAAGGAAACAAGGCCCUUUACAGGGAAGGGAUAAAGGAGGAGGAGGAGGAGCCCCGGCAGCUCCGCCCACUGGCAGCCUGUGAGUAUAAAGAUGGGAGCGAUGUUACAGCACAUACGGAAGCAACUUUAUGUUGUAAUAAUGAUGGGAAUCUCACAAACCCUGAUGUUUCUCCAGCGGAACAGCCCCCACCAGCCAAUGGGAUUAAAGAGGAGGCGGCUUCAUAUGAAGGGGGAAACCAAUCAGAUUGCAGCAUUAAUCCCCUUACAGAACAGAUACAGGGAACAGACACACCUACUCCUAUCAUGGGCUUGAACAUCUUAAAAAUGGAGGGUAAUAAAUAUGAUGAAAAUUCCCUCCAUUCUCCACAUAAAUCUCACAUAACAAAAACUACAUUAUGUAGGAAAUACAGCUGCAAUGUGUGUAAUAAACAUCAAAGAACCCACAAAAGGGAGAAACCAUUCUCUUGUUCUAAAUGUGGGAAAUGUUUUUCAAACCGAUCCAACCUUAAACGCCAUCAAAUAAUCCACACAGGGAUGAAACCAUUUUCUUGUUCUAAUUGUGGAAAAUGUUUUUCAAGUAAAUCAUACCUUGAAAUUCAUUAUAGAACUCACACAGGGGAGAAACCUUUUUCUUGUUCUGAAUGUGGGAAAUGUUUUUCAAACCGAUCUGACCUUAAACACCAUCAAAUAACCCACACAGGAGAGAAGCCUUUUUCUUGUUCUGAAUGUGGGAAAUGUUUUUCAAAGCAAUCUAACCUUGAUCGUCAUCAAAGGACUCACACAGGGGAGAAACCAUUUUCUUGUUCUGAAUGUGGAAAAUGUUUUUCAAACCGAUCUGACCUUAAACACCAUCAAAUAACCCACACAGGGGAGAAACCAUUUUCUUGUUCUGAAUGUGGGAAAUGUUUUUUAAGCCAUUCACACCUUGCUCGUCAUCAAAGGACUCACACAGGGGAGAAACCAUUCUCUUGUUCUGAAUGUGGAAAAUGUUUUUCAUACAAAUCUCACCUUAAAAUUCAUCAUAGAGCCCACACAGGAGAGAAACCAUUCUCUUGUUUUGAAUGUGGAAAAUGUUUUUCAUACAAAUCUCACCUUAAAAUUCAUCAUAGAGCCCACACAGGAGAGAAACCAUUCUCUUGUUCUGAAUGUGGGAAAUGUUUUUCAAAGCGAUCUGACCUUAAACACCAUCAAAUAACCCACACAGGGGAGAAACCAUUUUCUUGUUCUGAAUGUGGGAAAUGUUUUUCAAACCGAUCUGACUUUAAACACCAUCAAAUAACCCACACAGGGGAGAAACCAUUUUCUUGUUCUGAAUGUGGGAAAUGUUUUUUAAGCCAUUCACACCUUGCUCGUCAUCAAAGGACCCACACAGGGGAGAAACCAUUCUCUUGUUCUGAAUGUGGAAAAUGUUUUUCUAUCGAAUAUUACCGUGAUCGUCAUCAGAGAAUUCACACAGGAGAGAAACCAUUUUCUUGUUCUGAAUGUGGGAAAUGUUUUUCAAAGCAAUCUGACCUUGUUCGUCACCAAAGGACUCACACAGGGGAGAAACCAUUCUCUUGUUCUGAAUGUGGGAAAUGUUUUUAUAACGAAUAUCACCGUGAUCGUCAUCAGAGAAUUCACACAGGAGAGAAACCAUUUUCUUGUUCUGAAUGUGGCAAAUGUUUUAAAAAUCGAUCUAACCUUGAUCGUCAUCAGAGGAUUCACACAGGGGAGAAACCAUUUUCUUGUUCUGAAUGUGGGAAAUGUUUUUCAAAGCGAUGUGACCUUGCUCGUCAUCAUAGGAUUCACACAGGGGAGAAACCAUUCUCUUGUUCUGAAUGUGGGAAAUGUUUUUAUAACGAAUAUCACCGUGAUCGUCAUAAGAGAAUUCACACAGGAGAGAAACCAUUUUCUUGUUCUGAAUGUGGCAAAUGUUUUAAAAAUCGAUCUAACCUUGAUCGUCAUCAGAGAAUUCACACAGGGGAGAAACCAUUUUCUUGUUCUGAAUGUGGGAAAUGUUUUUCAACCCAAUGGCACCUUAAAACUCAUCAUAGAACCCACACAGAAGAGAAACCUUUUUAUUGAUCUGAAUGUUUAAAAUGUUUUUCAAACCAAUGGCACCUUAAAAUUCAUCAUAGAAGCCACACAGGGGAGGCACCAUUUUCUUGUGAAUGCGGGAAAUGUUUUACAAAUCGAUCUAACCUUGAUCGACUCACACAGAGGAAAAAUCAUUUUCUGAAUAAGGAAAAUGAUUUGUAUUGAACAGUAGUCUAAAAACACGCUUUCACACAUGAGAAAAACUGUAAACUUGUUUUACAAAUGAUGCAACAGGCAAAUAUUUUUAUGUCCACCAUAAAAUGUUUCUUUAAGAGAACCCUUAGACCAGGGGGCCCCAACCUUUCUUACUUGUGAGCCACAGUCAAAUGUAAAAAGAUUUGGAGAGCAACACAAGCACAAUAAAAAGUAAUGGGGUGCCAAAUAAGGGCUAAGAUUGGCUAUUAGGCAGCCUCUAUGCACCCUAUCAGCUUACAGGGGGCUUUAUUAGGCAGUAAAUCUUGUUUGAUCACUGCCUUGAGGACCUUUGUACCCUAGUUCAAGAGUCUGGGGUUCAAGAGUCUGCCAGUGUAUGAGGACUUUUAGACCAACACUUUGCAGUCACCUGAUGGGCACUGGGCAAUUCUGAGACUGGGGGGCACCAAAGCAGAAUGCACCAUAAGUACCUUCCCAUGGCACUGGCUCUGCAUUGGGAACUGAGGAGCCCUCUGGGAUAUAUCUCCCCCUCCCCCCAACAGAUAAUAUUCUGGGUUUUAUUGAACAAGAAGGGACAUAUUCCAAGGGGUACGAGCCCCCCAGGGUAUCACUUGGGCAGAUGCUGUUCCCUAAUGCUCACACAGUAGGUAAUAUAAUGGGAAUAUACCCAGCUGGGAAUGACUUGCCGGGUACAUAUGCUCUUACUACAGGGAUCCCCAAUCUUUUUCACUCAUGAGCCACAUUCACAUGUAAAAAGUGUUGGUGAGCCACACAAGCAUGGAUAUCUUUCUUUAGGGAUGCCAAAUAAGGGCUGUGAUUGGCUAUUCGGUAUCCCCAUGGGGCCUGCUAGCCUGCAGGAGACUCUAUUUGGAGAAAAACUGUUUCUGUUCUUCCAAAAAUUGACUCCAAGCCAGAAAUGUAAAAAUGGGCAACUACUUUGAGGCCACUGGGAGCAUCAUCAAUGGGGGUGGGGAGUAACAUGUUGCCCCUGAGCCACUGGUUGGGGAUCACUGUCUUACUGGGUAAAUAUAAAGCCUAUAACAUCAUCUUGUCAUUAUUAACCCAAUGUCAUUUCCAAUGGGGCAUUUGUUGAGAUGAAAGGAAAGGGGGUUACACCAUUAUCCUAUAAAGGGUCUCUUUACAUUAAAUCAGUUUUGUGAAAAGCCUUUGUGUCAGUCCGGUUUAUUGGUGCUAUUUAAAUUUGUUUUUCAUGCUUGUUAAUAAAACAUUGAAUAUAUGUUUUUUUAUUAUUAGCCAGUAGCAGAAUGUUGUACCAUGGGAGCCAUAGAGCAGAAAAAGAAUAAACAAUUGUGGCCCCGUGAUACUGUCGUGGAGCUUUAAUGGGCCCCUUAGAUCAGAGACGUUGAUGUUGUUUAAGAGGAAACUUUUAUUGCUAACACAUAUAUGGAGAUCCUGUGCCCUCUCUGCCCUGCACUCCUUCCUGCCCCUGGAUCUUUGCCCCUGUCACCCUGUACUUGCCGGCACUUUAUCAGCCCCUGCUCACAAGGCAGCAGCAGUUUUUGAAUUCUUCCCCCAUAGAUCAGGUCUCUGAGAUGAUAUUUUUUCUGCUAGAGAAACCGGAGGCAGCGGCUGCUUUGGGGAAGCGGCACAGGAACUGAGGGCAGCAGAGUUGGGGCAAACUAACAGCGCAAAGCCAACAGAAACAGACUGGUAUCAUAGAUCCCUGGGGACUUGCAGCAAAGUAAGUUAUCUACCCAGGAUCCAGCUUCCUCCUCCAGCAGGAAAAUAUCAUCUCAGAGACCUGAUCAAUGGGGGAAGAAUUUAAUGCUGAUGAUUUUGUGAGGGAAAGGUAGGGGGCGCUAGAGAGGGGAAGGAGGGAAAGGGGAGUCUUUAAGGCCGGGGCUGAUAAAGUGCAGGUAAGAACUGGGUGACAAGGGGGCGACGAUUCAGGACGAAAUCGUAAAUGAGACAUAUUGGAUAAAU